UGUUUGCAAACAGAUGGAUUCAUUUGGCAUUUUAGGGCCCUUAAACGAAGAAACUGAUCACCGUGGCCAGGUCGUAAAGUGUUAAUCCAAUCCCAACCCAAGAGAGGCGGUUUUCGUUCCCAAAAUAAAUUGGUGCCAACUGUCAACUUCCUUGCUUACCUUACACAAGACGUGGCAAUUUCCUCUGCUUUCAGCGUCACACUCACCGUUGCUACUCGUCGAUUCAAUUUCAAACCAAUGACUUACUGCUCACAGCUAUGCAUUUUUUCAAACAGUUUCCGUUCAUCCUUUUCCCAUGCUUUCCACUGAACUUGUUAGCUCCAUAUAUCAAUGACGAGGAAUGCCUUCGCGGCUCUCUACCGUCACCGCGCCGCCACUCCUAACUCCGCAUGCUUACAUCACGAGAGUCUCACUGAAAUUAUCUUACGCAAAUGCGUGCCACUGGAUUGCCGUUUUUGUUCUCGCUUAUUGCAACGAAAUUCAUAUUCAACUGGUUUCACGAGCGUGCAUGGCGAAACGCCCUCUGCUGAGUAUGCCAGGAUGAGGAGGGAAUCCCUGGAAAGUAAAUUCGGGCAUGCUCUCGGAACUUAUAGCUCUAAGAGUUUCAAUCCUAUCUACCGAUUUGGCCCCUUUUUGGCUUUGUACAGGGCAUCCAUUAUUUCAUUUCAUGUAUUCAGGCUAAUGAUAUGGCAAUUAUUCGUUCAAGACAUGAAAGAACGUGCAGUUAAGUUUCGUGAAACACUAAUACGCUUGGGUCCUUUCUACAUUAAGCUUGGGCAGGCAUUGAGCACCCGGCCUGACAUAUUACCAACAGUAUAUUGCCAAGAACUUGCCAAGUUACAGGAUCAAAUACCUCCAUUUCCAACUGAUGUUGCAAUCAGAUCUAUUGAGAACCAGUUGGGUGUUCCUAUUAGUGAAGUUUUUAAUGACAUCAGCCCAAUGCCUAUUGCAGCAGCAUCCUUAGGGCAAGUGUAUAAAGCUCACCUGCACUCUGGAGAGCUGGUAGCUGUGAAAGUACAGAGGCCUGGUAUGUCACUUUCAUUGACCCUUGAUGCUUUGUUAUUCCAUAUGAUUGGGGGCCAAUUGAAACGGUUUGCCAAAGCUCGCAAAGAUCUUUUGGUUGCAGUAAAUGAAAUGGUAAGGCACAUGUUUGAUGAAAUUGAUUAUGUCCUUGAGGGCAAAAAUGCUGAGCGCUUUGCUUCAAUCUACUGUUUGUCUGCAAGUGGGAUUAAAGACAAAAGAACAAAAUCCGUAAAAGCUCCAAAAAUAUAUUGGGACUACACAUGCUCCACUGUGCUGACUAUGGAGUGGAUAGAUGGAAUUAAGCUUACAGAUGAAACUGGCUUGAUUAAAGCUUCUUUGAACAGAAGGGAACUCAUUGACCAGGGAUUAUACUGCUCUUUGAGGCAAAUGCUUGAGGUUGGUUACUUCCAUGCCGAUCCUCAUCCAGGAAACCUUGUUGCGAUAAAUGAUGGAUCACUAGCAUAUUUCGACUUUGGAAUGAUGGGGGAUAUUCCUAGGCAUUACCGGAUUGGACUUAUUCAAAUGAUUGUGCAUUUUGUUAAUCGUGAUUCUCUGAGCUUGGCAAAUGACUUUCUUUCUUUGGGAUUUAUCCCUGAGGGUGUUGAUAUACAUUCAGUGUCUGAUGCUCUGCAAGCAUCAUUUGCUGAUCGGACCGGUGAAUCUCAAGAUUUCCAGGGAAUUAUGAACCAGCUAUAUGAUGUCAUGUAUGAAUUUAACUUCUCCCUCCCACCAGACUAUGCUCUUGUGAUUAGAGCAUUGGGAUCACUAGAAGGCACAGCUAAAGCUCUGGAUCCUGAUUUUAAAGUCAUUGAGAGUGCAUAUCCUUUUGUCAUUGGAAGACUUAUAGCUGACCCAAGCCCUGAUAUGAGAAGAAUUUUGAGGGAACUUCUCAUUCGUAACAAUGGAUCUAUAAGGUGGAACCGGCUAGAACGCCUGGUAGCUGCAAUAUCUGAACAAGCUUCCGAUAUAACUGGAGACCCUCGUUCUGAAAAGUUUUCGAGUUCUUCUGUUUGGAAAUUAUUUGAUAUGGAUGCUGUUGUUGAUUCCACUGAAGAUCUUCUGUUAUUCAUAUUAUCAGAUAAGGGUAUUAGAGUGCGUCUUUUCCUUCUUCGAGAUAUAGUAGAAGCAGCUAAUGUGUUUCUGCAUGAUGAAGUGAUUGACUGCGCAUUAAAUGAAGAUCCUCAAGGCCAGAGGACAUUACUAUUUGAGUCUUGUACGUUGCAGGAGCGUGCUAUCCUCGGUAGAAUUGGAAAGGGCUUUGAAUACCUUUGUGGGGUGGUGAAGUUGGCGCCAUGGGAGUGGACAACUAUGCUUAUUCGGAUGGCAGGGAAGCCCGAGUUUCAUAACUUUGCUUUAGACAUUAUUUCAGCUUUAGCUUUGCAUUCUAGCCACAAAUUACAGGUAGCAUUUUGGCUCUAUUUGUCCAAACUUCUUCACAAAUGGAGGUAGAAAUAUAGAUAUCGACAUUCGUGAAUUAGAAAUGUUUUCUCUACAUAUUCUAGGCAUGGAGAUUCCAUUUUUUUUACAUACAUAUACUCGUUAAUCUUUAUUCAUGCUUUCCAAAUUUUACAUCUCAGAUUUUUUUAA